AAACACUAAACUACUGUCUGCCAGCAGGGGUGCUAUGUCAUCCGGUAUAGCAGAAUGGCUGAGUAUGCUGACCUCGAAAUCUUACUUAUAGACCGCUCGUCUGGCACCCUUCAGACUUCUCAUCAGCAGCAGCAUCAACCACUCCAUCCUCCACCACUACCAGCAAUAUAAUCAACAGUAAUAUCACUACAACAACAACAACAUCAGAUCGUACCAUCACAACCCACAAGACUCCACCAUCAACAUGAAGGUCAUCAUCGCAGCCGCCUCUCUCUUGGCCUCUACGGCCAUGGCCAUGCCAGCCCUCAGCCGCCGCACCGACCCAGUCAGCUACGCCAUCGAAGACUUCACCUACAGCAAGGAAAACGGCGUAGACAUCAGCUCCGUCACCUUCCGCAUCCUCGCCACCAACGGCGGCACCCUCAACUCCUCCUGCGUCGCCUACGACCCCCCCACGGACGCCCCUACCGCCUUCGUGGCCGACACUGUUUACCCGUGCGGCAAGGACAGUGUCUUUAGCUGGAACUUCAAGCCCAAGUCGACCGAGCAGGUCAACCAGCUCUUCCUGUGGCAGAACGUUGGCCCAGAGUCGAGCUUUGGCGGCAACUCCCUUUUCGACGACCCGCCAUGCCGUACCGGUGGUAAUGGUGCGGUUAUUUGCGAGAAGGACUCCACGUUCCAGAUUGAUUUGGCGGACCUUAAUUAGAUUGUCCGUCUAUCUCUCUCUCUCUCUCUCUCUCUCCCUCUCUCUAUCCUUCUCGUUCUUGAUUUCUUUCCUGGACUGGACUGGACUAGAUUGCCGAGGAGCGAGGAAUUGAUUGGAUUGGAUUGGAUUGCGAAUUCAGCAUUUUCGAGAGGAGUUUUUUUGGAUGAUGGUCUUACUACUUUUUAAAAAAGGCAUUUUUUGAAAUGUUUAGAUGUAAAAAAGAAUGUUCACAGUGUUGGGGAUAUCUCCUCCCAUGGGAGACUGUAAGGUACCACGUACCUGACCUUCAUAGUUUCGUAGCUCGCAAAUCAAGAACGAUGAGCACCAUUCUAG